AUGAAGCACCUGCUAAUAAAAUGCGGCAAUUGGACAAACUUUCAAAAGGCCUUGAGUGAGUGGAGGAACGUACCCCGCAGCGAUGGACCAAGCCCCGCACAAACGCUUUUCGGAAGACGACAGAGAGGCAUCCUACCGACUCUGAACGACGGUAAAAACGACGGCGAUCUGGAAGCGAAAAUCAAAGCGAAAAAUGAAAAGAGAAGGGAAGCGAUGGAAAGAGGAAACGAACAACGAAAAGAAAUGCCAAAACUAAAAGCAGGAGAUGCAGUCUUGAUACAGAACCCAUUAACGAAGAGAUGGAAAGAGGAGGGGACGAUUCUCGCGUCGAGAAAUCGCGGUAGAUCAUACCUUUUGGAAACGAAGGACGGAUGGACGAAAACUAGAAAUCGACGAUAUCUGAAACCACUGCCUCCGACAAAAGGAAAUACGGAAGGAGCUACAAGGGGAGU